AUGAUGAAGAACUGUGCUCUUUCAUAUGCGCAUCGCGCUGUGGGCAUGGCGAUGGCUACGGUGCUUCUUUUCGUCCUCGUAAUGGCUGCGGCCGCUGUUGCUGCGCCGGUGGAGUGGAUGCCGCCGCUGGCCAGCAAGGCGCCACGGAGAGGCAUGCUGCCGGAGGAAAUGAUGGCGCCCGAAAUCAUACCAAAAGGUGCGACAGACAACGCACCGGAUUCCUGCCGCUCCGGGGUGCACUUGGAGUGGACAACACGGGUGGGCAGCAGCGUGUUCGCCACCCCACGCAUCGUUGACUUGAGCCACAACGGCAACAAGGAGAUCCUCGUGCCAACUUACACGCAGUACCUGGAAGCCCUCGACGGCAGCACCGGCGAAGAUGUGGCAGGCUUCCCCUUCGUGCACCCAAACUUCAAAUCCUACGCUAGCCCGCUGCCGGUUGACAUGGACGGUGACGGAAAGACGGAGUGGCUUGUCGCCAUGUAUACAGGGGAGCUGAUGGUGUUCGGCGACGAUGGAAAGGCGCGUGGAGCGGUGCAAGUACCCCCAUUGCCUGUCAAAAAGAACUGGGCAAGCCACAACCUCACCAAAGACGAUGCAGUGAAUUUUAAACUAAAGGAUGUGCAGAGGUCGGAGGAAUGGGUGCGACAGGUCUUGCGAGCGAGGCGAAUGGUUGACAUGACGCCCCGAUUCGGGCACUUACGUCGCAAUAUGAACCACACCUACAACCGUACCAACACCACUGAUGCCGCUGCGGUAGCAGCACCACCACGAGAAUUUCGAAAAGCGACGAGGGAAGAGGCAGCAGAGCCCGGGCGCCGCCUCGCGGAGGCUGGAGUAGAGGACGGUGCUGGCAUGGGUGACAAAGACGGCAUACCGCCUCCCAAAAGGGUGGACUUUGAUGACAAUGACCAUGAUAUGGACGAUGUAGACGAUCUAAUGGAUGAUGGGCCCGAGCCGGUUGAAGCAGAGACGAAACCGCAAGGUAUUGGUACCGACGGCUGGCUUAGCUCGGAAGCGAAGGCCUCGAUGGACCUGCUAUAUCACCAGGAACUCUACAGGAGCAGUGUCAACUAUGAGGGUGAGAAGGAUGCCUUUAACUUCCGUAACAUGCGGAGUCCGUCGGCGGUGAUUGUGGCCGAGGAUGAGGUUGCCGUUGACCCGCACAUCAUGUCCACUCCAGUCAUUGCGGACGUGGAUGGCAAUGGUGACCUCGACAUCGUCCUGCAUCUCAGCUACUACUUUGAUCCUAAGGCAUAUGAGGGCGAGCGAGCGGAGCUCCUCCCGGCCGACAUCAAUAUGGACGACUACGUGGCAGAUGCACUUAUGGUUCUCAACCUCGUCACUGGAGAAGUGAAGUGGAUGAAGGUGCUGCACCUCACGACAAAGAAGGAUGCAACCCCCGCCUAUGCACUCUCCUCACCCACCGUCGUUAACCCUGACGAAGACAGGCAGCAGGAUAUUUUCGUUACAACAACCGCCGGUGCCAUCUUCGGCUUCACUGGGCAAGGAAGGCCGAUCAGCGGUUGGCCGGUGUGGAUGAGCGGUCCCAUAACAGCUACCGCAGCGGUGGAGGAUGUGGAUGCUGAUGGCUCGCUUGACGUCUGCGCUGCUGACACGAGCGGCAAAAUUGCAUGCUUUACGGCGAAGGGAAAGAAGCUCUGGGGCAACUCGGUUGCCGGCGCCAUUACCGACCACAUCACAUUCGGUGACGUGGACGGCGAUGGAAACCUCGAUUUAGCAUUUGGCACGUCAUCUGGGAUGCUCUACGCCGUGCAGGGUCGUGACGGAAAGUUGUUACCGCACUUUCCCGUUGCGACGGAGGGCCCUAUUAUCGCCUCGCCACUGCUCGUGAAUCUCAACAACUCGAUGGUUAAGAGUAACGAAGAAGGCCUGCACAUCGUUGUCCCUUCCCACGAUGGCGUUCUGUACGUUGUGAGCGGCACCACUGGCUGUGUGGAUGGUAUCGACAUGGGGGAGAAGUCCUCUGCGAUGGUGCUUGCCGAUGACAUGGCCGGAAACGGUAAGUUAGACCUCAUCGUCAGCACGCUCAGCGGUAGCGUCAUGGUGUUCGAGACACCGGCCACAUACCACCCACUUAAGGCGUGGGGCAGCCGCGUCAAAUCUACAAACGGCUUCACCGCGUCACAGGGGCAUGUUGGCGUCUUUAUCCACCCCGACAGCCGUGCGGCACGCGACAUCCGCGGUGAUACAUUCACGCUGUUGGUGACCAUCUACGACAUGCGCAAGAGCGCUGCAUUGAAGCGGCGGUAUGGUCUGACCAUCACCAUCGGCCCACGAGUUCUGGUGCAUCAGAAGGUGUACAGUGAGCCAGGCACGUACGCCAUCAAGCUGCACGCCCCGUUAGAGAGGAUGUACGCCUCUGUCUCUGUGGUGAUGUUGAUGCCUAACGGGCAGAAGUAUGAAGACAGUGUGGCGUUGAGCUUCAAUAUGCACUUCCUUGAAAGCAUCAAGUUUACUUUUUUGCUGCCAUUUCUCUUCGCCUGCCUCGCCCUCUCGUUCGUAAGUCGGCGCCACGAAGUAGAGCUACCCACGUACGAGCCGCAAUAUUAUUAG